UCGAGCUCCACCACCACACCGCCGCCACCGCACACGUCCACUCGAUCUACUUUUCGCGCUCGACCAUGGGGGUUCAGCAGCAGCAGCAAGUCGUGAACAAGGCCAGGGCGCCGAAACCCGUCAGUGAAGCACGGAAGAUUCGGAAACCGCUCAUGGAGAAGAAGCGUCGCGAGCGCAUCAACACGAGCCUGAACGACCUGGCGAGACUCCUGACGGACGCCAAGAUGGUCAAGUCCGACGGCGGCAAAGCCAACAAGCUGGAGAAGGCUGACAUCCUGGAGCUGACCGUCAAGCACCUGAAGGCCCUGAAGACCGAGGGAGGAGACGUCAGGGCCGAGAACAGCUCGACGGAGGAGCCCGCGAGCGCCAGCUACAAGGAGGGCUUCACCAAGUGCAUGGGCGUCGUGGACCAGACGCUGAGCAAGGCGGGGAAGGACGCGCUCAGGGAACGGCUUCUGACUCACCUCCAGUCCUGCCUGAAGACACUGCAGCCUGUCGCCUCGCCCACAGACGCCCGCGACGCCCACACUCCGCAGCCGUCGGAGGACACGCCCAGCAGACUCGCCGCGCCAGAUGCACCUGUCACGCCCGCGACCAGCGAGGGCCCACAGGAGCCAUCUACAGUGCAACAGGAGGGUGCCAAAGACGACAGUGCCUCAAAGGACAGUGCCAACCCGGAGAGUGCCGCGAAGGAGGCCCCGCGAUUCACCCUGGUGCCGACCCGUCUCCCGACAGGGGCGGUCGCGUUCCUGAUCCAGGGCGGGUUGGACCCCCGCCUCCUCCUGCCUCAAGACCUCACAGUUAUAUCCUCAAGUGCCGCGAGUGUCCCCGCGCCCACGCCCGUCGCCCCCCACACGCCCGCAGCGCCGCCCGCAACCUCCACCGUCCAGUGUCCACCCACGCCUCCCCCCUCCUCCACCCCCUGCGCACCAGCACCGUCGCCUUCAGCCUCUCCGUCCGCCACGCCCAUCCCCUCGCCCGCGCCCUUGCCAGUGCCCUACCAGUGUUCCUCCCCUGACCCAGUGCAGUUUCCCACACACCCUCACGCCCACAGUCCGCCCACACCCCCACCCAGCGUCUCCCCCCAAAGUUUCCCUCGCGAGUUUAGUCACUUCCAGCCGAGUGCGAGUAGCGAGGAGGAGGAGGAGGAGAUGGACACAGAUGAAGCCUUGUCCGAGGAGGAGGAGGACGAGGAGGACGUGGAGAUCGACGUCGAGGUGGAAGACGACGGUCCCUACGACUUGAGUAUGAGGAGGAUGUGGCGUCCUUGGUGA